GUUACAACUAGCACGACCGAAGCAGAGUUCACCAAUUUAGUACCUACAGCCAAGGUUCUCGAUUGGGUUAAUAGUAUACUGGAUGAUUUGAAUAUAAAUCUAGGACUUUACAAGAUUAAUAGAAUUCUAUAUACGAACAGUAACAACGCUAGAGAUUAG